UCCUAUCCGACACCCACCUCCGCUCUUUUCCCCCGAUUCAGACACGAAGCUUUCCCAAGCUCUCUCUCUCAAGGGAAAGUACGCCAAAAAUCGAGAGAGAGAAAAUAACUAAAACUGAGUCGAAGCCUAAACGCAAAUCGCAACACCUGGCUGCUCUCACAGGCGGCCGAUUGUACGCUUGCCACGACAGGCCAGCUUCAAACGACGUCGCAUGAUCACUUCCACCACGAGAUCCAACGAAUCAAAUCCACUCCCUUCGAAUCCCGAGAAACUCGAUCGCCUUAAUACUCUUCUCAGGGCCUCGCAUUACCUUCAGUGCGAUUGAGAGAGAAUUGAAUCGAUUUGGAUUGAAAUCGAAGACACUGUUUGAUGUCGACUUUGCUUGGCGUUUGAUGCAAACUUUGAUCGCUCGUUGCUUGUAGUUGAAGAACCCUUUUUUCCUUGUUUUUAGGAAAUUUGGAUUUUUCUGUGUAUAUAUAGGGAUUUUGAGUGGCUUUGUAUAGAGAAAUACUGGAAAAUGGUUAGCGGAAAUAUAUUUCACUGUAGAAAGCAUUCAUGGCCGCCCGAGGAGUAUAUUAACCGGACGACCUUGCACCUGCUUGAUUUUGAUAGUGCUGCCCCACCAGAACAAGCCUGGAGAAGGAGAUUAAACAGCCAUGCUAACAUUCUUAAGGAAUUCAGUGUUACAUUUACAGAAGCAAUAAAGAUGAUUCGACUUGGUAUACGCUUGUGGUCCUAUAUUAGAGAAGAGGCCUCUCAGGGAAGGAAAGCACCUAUUGAUCCAUUUACUCGAGAAACUUGCAAGCCAUCAGCAUCGCAAGGGGUUCCUCUUGGAGGGAUGGGAAGUGGCAGUAUAUCUAGAGGUUUUAGAGGAGAGUUCAGGCAUUGGCAGAUAGUUCCUGGUACAUGCGAUGGCUCUCCUAUCAUGGCCAAUCAGUUCUCUAUUUUUAUUUCUCGAGAAGGAGGGAAUAAAAAGUAUGCUUCUGUUUUAGCUCCAGGCCAACAUGAAGGCUUAGGGAAAUCUGGCGAUCAGGGUAUAUCAUCAUGGGGUUGGAAUUUGAGUGGUCAGCAUUCUACUUAUCAUGCUCUCUUUCCAAGGGCCUGGACAAUAUAUGAUGGUGAGCCGGACCCUGAACUUAAGGUGUCCUGUCGCCAAAUAUCUCCAUUUAUACCACAUAAUUAUCGAGAUAGUAGUCUUCCUACAGCAGUUUUUGUUUAUACGUUGGUGAACACUGGGAAGGAAAGAGCAAAAGUCAGCCUUCUCUUUACCUGGGCGAAUUCAAUUGGAGGAAUCUCACACCUAUCAGGAGAUCAUGUGAAUGAACCAUUCAUAGGUGAAGAUGGAGUAUCAGGCGUGCUUCUGCAUCACAAGACUGCUAAAGAGAACCCUCCUGUUACUUUUGCUAUAGCUGCAUGUGAAACUCAGAAUGUUAGUGUCACUGUGUUGCCAUCAUUUGGACUCUCUGAAGGAAGUCACAUUACAGCUAAGGAUAUGUGGGGUAAAAUGGUGCAGGAUGGGCAAUUUGAUCGGGAAAACUGCUAUUCUGGACAAAGUAUGCCUUCAUCACCUGGGGAGACACUUUGUGCUGCAGUUUCAGCUUCUGCAUGGGUAGAGCCUCAUGGGAAGUGCACAGUUGCUUUUGCUCUUGCAUGGUCAUCCCCAAAAGUAAAAUUUUUAAAGGGAAGCUCAUACCAUAGGAGGUACACAAAAUACUAUGGCACUUCUGAAAGAGCAGCUUUGAACAUAGUGCAUGAUGCGCUAACAAACUAUAAGCAGUGGGAAGAAGAGAUCGAGAAAUGGCAAAGUCCCAUACUCAGGGAUGAUAGGCUACCCGAGUGGUACAAGUUCACAUUAUUUAAUGAACUCUACUUUUUGGUUGCUGGUGGGACAGUUUGGAUUGACUCCUCCUUGCCUGCCACAAGCUCAAAAAAUAGUUUGCAUCAAUCAGCAGCGGUGGAGAACACAAAUGUUAAUGUAACUAUAGCCAAAGGGAACUCCAGACGAGGUGCUGCUGUUGAAAAUUCUGUAACUGAUGGUUAUAAUACAACUUCUAGGAAAGGGUUAGAAUAUGAUGAAGAAGAAAUUCACACAAGAAAUACAUGUGAAGAGAAGCCAGGGAUUCCUCAGGAGAGUAAUAGCCACCAUUCUAUACAUAAGGAUACAUUGAAGGAUCCACAAGAUGAGACGGAUGAUGUGGGUCGGUUUUUAUACUUGGAAGGAGUGGAAUAUAUUAUGUGGUGCACAUAUGAUGUCCAUUUCUAUGCAUCUUUUGCGCUUCUUGAGUUGUUUCCCAAAAUAGAACUCAGUAUCCAGCGGGAGUUUGCAAAAGCUGUCUUAUCAGAGGAUGGAAGAAGAGUUAAGUUUCUUGCUGAGGGAAAUUGGGGAAUUCGCAAAGUUAGAGGUGCUGUUCCUCAUGAUUUGGGAACACAUGAUCCAUGGCAUGAAAUGAAUGCAUAUAAUAUACAUGAUACAAGUCAAUGGAAAGAUCUGAACCCAAAGUUCGUGCUUCAGGUGUAUAGAGAUUUUGCUGCAACAAGGGAUUUUUCAUUUGGUGCUGAAGUGUGGCCUGCUGUGCGUGCUGCCAUGGAAUAUAUGGAGCAAUUUGAUAGGGACAGUGAUGGCCUCAUUGAGAAUGAUGGGUUUCCAGAUCAAACAUAUGAUACUUGGACAGUGCAUGGUAUAAGUGCUUACUGUGGCUGCUUGUGGCUUGCUGCACUUCAAGCUGCAGCUGCUAUGGCCCUUCAAUUAGGUGACAAGCCCUUUGCUGAAAAGUGCAAAAGCAAGUUUUUUAAGGCCAAAUUAGUUUUUGAAGAAAAAUUAUGGAAUGGUUCUUAUUUUAACUAUGACAGUGGCUCAAGUAGCAACAGUAAAUCUAUCCAAGCUGAUCAGCUGGCAGGGCAAUGGUAUACAGCAUCGUCAGGCUUGCCUUCCCUUUUUGAUGAUUACAAAAUCAAAAGUUCUCUCCAUAAAAUAUAUGAUUUCAAUGUUAUGAAAGUUAAGGGAGGCAAGAUGGGUGCUGUAAAUGGAAUGCAUCCUAAUGGAAAGGUGGAUGAAUCUUGUAUGCAAUCACGUGAAAUAUGGACUGGAGUCACCUAUGGUGUAGCAGCUACCAUGAUCCUUUCUGGUAUGGAGGAACAAGCUUUCACUACUGCAGAAGGUAUUUUCACUGCUGGCUGGUCAGAGGAGGGAUAUGGAUACUGGUUUCAGACUCCGGAAGGAUGGACAAUUGACGGCCACUUCAGAUCAUUAAUAUAUAUGAGGCCACUUGCAAUUUGGGGCAUGCAAUGGGCAUUAUCCAUGCCUAGGGCCAUUCUGGACGCCCCGUCUAUCAACUUCAUGGACAGAAUCCAUGUUUCUCCUCACAAUGCAAGACUGCCCCAUGAGACGGGCGUUCGGAAGAUAGCAACCAAGGCAAAAUGUUUCGGAAAUUCCGUAUUUCAUUGUUCAUGCUGAUGCUGAUGAUCUGUGUCAUUCAAGCUCCAUAAAAUUUGUAAAGUGGUAAUAAAAUCUUCGUUCGCUUCCUUGUACCCUCUUCCAGCGCAACUAAAAAGCUGGCGGAGAUUCGGAGGAAGCGUCAUUUUAUAAACGGACAAUAAAAAAGGGCUGGCCUGUAACUCAGACUAGUUCUUCAUUUUAGUUCAUUUUUAUUAUUAUUAUCAUCGAUGACUCUUCAUGGUCGCUCCCCCGGCUGUUUUUUUAGUUAUUUUGGAUUACUACUACAAUGAUCUUAAUGCGGGAUUCACAAGGAAGGUCUGAUUUUAAGCCCUGAAUCGAAUAUUUUAGAUUA